GAUCCUCUACCUUGGGAUCGGCGCCGGGGGCAGCGUGGGGUGGGCGAGGCGGAGUUCAGCGCUUAGCGGCGCCGGUACGAGCGGCUGUCUCGGGACCCGCAUAAUGCUGGAGGCACGGCAGAGCGGAGGGCGGGUGCUGUGGACGCUGCUGUGGGUGGCCGUGGUGCGCUCCUACAACGUGGACGUGGGUCGCCCCGUGAUUUUUCGGGGUCCCAACGGCUCCUUCUUUGGGUACUCGGUGCUGCAACACUACCAUGACAGCACGCGGUGGGUCUUGGUUGGUGCUCCCAAGGCAGAAUCUAAAUACAGCACCUCUGUUCAGUCCCCAGGAGCAGUGUUUAAAUGUCGAGUCCAUACCAACCCUGACAGAAGAUGCACAGAACUGGAUAUGGGGAGAGGCAAUUCUCGGGGCAUGCUCUGUGGAAAGACCUGUAAGGAAGACAGAGAUGAUGAAUGGAUGGGUGUGAGCCUAGCUAGGCAGCCAAAGGCUGAUGGAAGUGUCCUGGCAUGUGCGCACCGCUGGAAAAACAUCUACUAUGAGACAGAGUACAUCUUGCCCCAUGGCUUUUGCAACAUCAUUCCUCCUAACCUGCAGUCCAAAGGGAGGAAGCUCUUGCCCUGCUAUGAAGAGUACAAGAAGAAGUAUGGUGAGGAGCAUGGUUCAUGCCAGGCAGGGAUCGCAGGCUUCUUCACUGAGGAACUGGUUAUCAUGGGUGCACCAGGAUCUUAUUAUUGGACAGGAACUGUCAAAGUACUGAAUGUCACUGACAGCACAUAUUACAAGCUGAAUGAUGAUGCUGUGAUAGCCAGGAGGUACACAUACCUAGGAUAUGCGGUGACCGCAGGUCAUUUCUCUCAGCCGAGUACCACUGACAUUGUAGGAGGAGCUCCCCAGGAUGGAGGCAUUGGAAAGGUUUAUAUUUUCAGAACAGACAGACAAUCAGGCUCUCUAAUAAAGAUUUUUCAGGCUUCAGGAAAAAAGAUGGGCUCUUACUUUGGCUCCUCCUUAUGUGCAGUUGACCUGAAUUCUGAUGGGUUGUCUGACCUCCUGGUUGGAGCACCUAUGUUUUCUGAGAUCAGAGAUGAGGGUCAAGUCACAGUCUUUAUCAACAGAGGAAAUGGAGUGCUGGAAGAGCAGCUCACCCUGGACGGUGACAGUAGCUAUAAUGCACACUUUGGGGAGAGCAUGGCUGCCCUUGGUGAUAUUGAUGACGAUGGCUUCCCAGAUGUUGCCAUUGGAGCGCCUAAGGAGGAUAACUACAUAGGAGCAGUGUACAUUUACCAUGGGGAUGCCAGUGGUAUUAUACCUCAGUACUCUAUGAAGCUGUCUGGGCAAACAAUAAACCCAAAGCUGCGUAUGUUUGGCCAGUCCAUAUCAGGAGGAGUUGAUAUGGAUAGUAAUGGUUAUCCAGAUAUGACUGUUGGGGCCUUCCUGUCAGACAAUGUGGUACUUCUGAGAUCCAGGCCUGUCAUUACCAUGAAUAUCACCAUUUUCCUGCCUAUAGCUAUCAAUAUCACAGCUCCUCAGUGCCAUGAUGGUUUGCAGCCGGUGAACUGCCUCAAUGUCACAGCAUGCUUUCGUUUCAGUGGCAAGCAUGUUCCUGGAGAAAUAGGUUUGAAUUAUAAUUUGACUGCUGAUGUGGCAAAGAAGGAAAAGAGCCAACAACCCAGAGUUUAUUUUGUGACUUCUGGAGAGACAGCAGGGCAGAUCACAGAAAAGUUACAACUGUCAUUCAUGCAGGAAAAGUGUGAGCAUUACCUCGCAUAUGUCAAGAAAAGAGUCAAGGAUGUCAUCUCUCCAAUUGUAUUUGAAGCUUCAUACAACCUUGGGGAACAUAUGAUAGAAAGAGGAAAAGAGGACAAGGAACUAACUGUUUUGAAGCCCAUUCUUCGCUGGAAGAAAGGACAAAAGAUAGCACAAAGGAAUCAGACUGUUUUUGAGAGAAACUGUCAAUCUGAUGACUGUGCUGCUGAUUUGAAGCUUCAGGGUAAAUUACUGCUAUCUAGUGUUGAUGACAGAACUGCCUACUUGGCCCUGGGAGCAGUGAGGAACAUCUCACUUAAAAUUUUCAUCUCCAACAUUGGUGAUGAUGCCUACGACACCAAUGUUUUCUUCAAUUUUUCUGGAGAGCUCUUCUUCAUCAAAAUGUGGCAAAAGGAGGAACCAGGCAUUGCUUGUGAGUUACUGGAGUCAGAUUUCCUCAAGUGCAGUGUGGGAUUUCCUUUCAUGAGAUCCAAAUCUAGGUAUGAGUUCAGUGUGAUCUUUGACACAAGCCACUUGACUGGGCAGGAAGAAACACUUACCUUCCUUGUCACUGCCCAAAGUGAAAACCUUGAACGCACUGAAUGUCUGCAUGAUAAUACUCUAAUCCUGUCAGUGCCCCUGAUGCAUGAAGUGGACUCAUCCAUCAGUGGAGAAGUCUUCCCUACUUCAUUUUUUUACGGUGAUUCUGUGGAAGCAUCCAACUUUGUUCAGUUGGAAAACCAUGAAUGCCUUUUCCAGUCUCUCAACUUCACACUUCAGAUUUACAAUGCUGGACCAAGCACUCUUCCUGGAGCUUUUCUUGAUAUUUCAAUUCCAAACCGCCUCUCUGCUGCCGGAGCUGAAAUAUUUCAUAUUCAGCAGAUGAUGGUUGGUCAGGACAAAGGAAGCUGUUCUUUCCAUAAAAACCAGAGCCCAUGUGUUGCUCCUCAAGAGAAUGAAAAUAUUUUCCACACAAUAUUUGCUUUUUUCACGAAGUCUGGCAGAAAAGUAUUGGACUGUGAGAGACGAGACAUAUCUUGUUUAAUUGUACAUUGCAACUUAAGCUCACUACCUAAAGCAGAGUCCCUUGAUAUAAAUAUCUACAUGCUGCUGAAUACCGAGAUACUCAAAAAGGACAGUUCAUCGGUCAUCCAGUUUGUCACAAGGGCAAGGCUGCAGGUGGACCAUGACCUCAGAGUUGUGGAGGUGCCCAAUGGGAGCCCAGAAGAAAAAUCAGUGGUCUUUGAGGCUUUUCACAAUCUGGAGCCUCGUGGGUAUGUUGUCGGAUGGAUCAUUGCCAUCAGUUUGUUGGUGGGAAUUCUCAUCUUCCUAUUGCUGGCUGUGCUCUUAUGGAAGAUGGGCUUCUUCCGCCGGAGGUACAAAGAAAUUAUUGAGGCUGAAAAGAGCAGAAAGGAGAAUGAAGAUAGUUGGAACUGGGUCCAGAAAAAUCAGUAAACUGCCCAUGAAAACAAAACUGGCCAGUCAUGUGACAUGCACUCGCUAGUCUAUAGAUCCUGCUCUUGUAUCUUCCAUAUGUGGAAGAAGGAAUCUUCUCCAGAUUUUUCGGAGACCGCAUUGAUGCUGUGUCUUUAUUACUCCCAAAAGCUAGGGAACAUAUCCUGAGGCAACCACUGCAGCCAUGUCAUGUGACUGGAGCAAUUCACACUUCAUUUAUGAGUUUGAACUUUGGUAACCAAGCUGCAGUGCAGAGCAAUAUUUAUGAAUUCAACUAUGUAGUAUGCCCUCAGGGGAAGACUUUUACCUAAGAAUAUUUUUUAUAAAGACAAGAUUUUUAUAUUGAGCAUGUCUUUAUAUUUGUAUCAAUGUUUUAAAAUUUCUAUUGAAUAGUUAUAUAGUUCACUCAAGCACUGAUAUCUGGCUAAAUCUUUGGAAAAAAAAUAUAUAAAAAUUCUAUUGUACUUUAAACAUCAAUGCAAGAGAGAAAAGAGAUUUACAGAUAAAAGUAGCUGAAAUCCUCAUAUGCUUAAUUCACAAGGCUUGGUAAUAUCAUAUAUAUAGAUAAUUUAAUAGAAAUAGGCCAAAUCUUUUUACUGUCUCCUUCUUUAAGUUAAAUUUGAUGUUUGAUUUACAAGCUACAGAGCCUAAAGUAUUUCACAGUUGUGAUACUCUGUAUCUUGAGUUUAUCCUUUACUAGCCUGGAGGGGAGAGGGUAAGAAUGCUUCUUCAGUGAUAUGUAGCAAGAAGCAGCUCGCUUUGGCUCACUGAAGAAGGCACCACAGAAUGUUCUCUUUGGGAAGUUUUCUUUUGCAGUCUCUAGGACUGUACAGUUGAGAUAUCAGAACGAUAUAAUUGAGCCAACCACUAUGACAUUGACAAAUUCCUUUAAAGAAGAAGAAGAAGAAGAAGAAGAAGAAGAAGAAGAAGAAGAAGAAGAAGAAGUAAUUAAGUAAUAUUAAUAUUGAUAUUAAUAUUGAUAUUAAGAUGUACAGUUUUAAAGCUACUGUUAAAGAUUGUGAUCUGUUGCUAUCAAAGCAAGUGAUAAAUUGCUACAUGCUAUAGGCAUUAUGACUGCCAUGUGAGUUAUAUACUUGAGUCAUGAGUUUGUUUAUAUGAUAAUUUUAAGAGAGAUAAGUAGACGCGAUGAUUAAAUGUUUUGAUUUUUGAGUCUUGAGAUUGCCUAUCUGGGUGUUCCAAGUACUGAACGUAUUUCCUCAAGAAUUUUAGUCAAGGUGCAGAUUGGAUCUCAACUUGCAAUUUUAUUGCUGGUAAUUCUUAAAAAAAAUGUUUGUUGAAUUAGAAGAAAUCCAGUUGUAAUUAAUUCAAACAAGUUUCUUCAAAAAGCUCUUGGAUUUCUGAAUAGAAAUAGUGGAAUUGUGUAAGACUUGGGUUUAGAUUCUACUUGUAUUUUGCACUUUGUGUAAAUAAGGAGUAGAUGACAUGUUAGUAUAAAAUCCAUGUAAAGGAAAGGAGGGCCAAGCUCUGUGGUAGAAAGUGAAACCAGGAUUAAAAGGUUGUUGGAUGUCUUCUUCCAUAAGGGUGUGGUAAAAGAACUGCUGGAAGUUUGAAAACUUGAACGCAGAAAACAUGCAAGAAAUUGCUUGAGAACAGGUCUUGCUCUUCCUUGCCAUAUUCAUGAUAGUUUCAAAUUAUAAAAGUGGACCACACACACAUUCCUGUUUGCUUUUUACCACCACCAUCAUCAAGUGUCUGCUAUUACUACGGUAUUGAUUGAUAUUUAUUAACUAUUCACUAUCUGCAUGCAUUAGGGAAAAAGUUUUGAAGUGAAUUGAGUGUAUUGAUUCAACAUCUGACAAGAAAAACUAUUAGUCUAUUCAACUAUCUUUCUUAAAACAAUAAUUGUUGAUUUGACAGAUUCUGUGUGACAAAUUAUCUUUUAAGCCAAAAUCCAUAGCAAAAUACUGUAAUAAGCCCAUGUAGUGGAGUACAGAUUUUCCAAGAGAGUGCAAAACCAAAAGGCUGGUGGCAUUUGACUGCACUGGUGUAUUAUCAUCUAGAGACAACCACAGACUGGCUUGGGUUGGAAGGGACCUUAAAAAUCUAGUUCCAAUGCUCCUGCCAUGGGCAAGAACAUGGGCAAGAAUAUAGACCAAAUCCAAAUCAAAGCCCAAUCCAGUCUGGCCUUGAACUGCUGUAUUAUCAGAAAGUCAAAGAUUGAUAGAGUGGCUUGUGUUGGAAGAAACCUUAAAGAUCAUCUAGUUGCAACUCCCUGCCCAUGGCCAUGUCAAGUUACUUAGAGCCCCAUCCAACAGGACCAGGGAUUGGCCAUCCACAACUUCUCUGAGCAACCUGUUCUUGUUUCUCAUCACCUUCACAGUAAAGAGUUUCCUUCAAAUAUCUAAUCUAUAUCUGCCUCUAAUAUUGAAGGUUGUUGAAUUCCUUGCAGUAUAUGUCUGAUAUUGGUUAGUUUUGUUCAACAACAAAAGCUAAUUGUCUGUUUUUUUCUCUAAAAAAAUCUAAGACAGAAAUUAGAUGUGAGAUUGAUUCACAGCUAUAAAUUGAAAUUGCUUAAAGUACUUGGUUUAAAAAGGUCUUUUUAUUACCUGUAAGAAUCUCCAGUAAAUGCCCUUUCUAGAACUGAUCCCCCCUAAAAUUAUUAAAAAGAAAAAUUGCUGAAAAAAUAAUUCAGGACACAUGUGAAACUACUUGUGAAUUAAACUGAAUUUAAAAGUUUCCAUUCGAAAAAGGAGAAAGUUCCAUUUGAAAAGUUGAAAUCAUCAAUUUCCACUUUUUAAACAAAAUUUUACUUUGAAAUCUGACAGAAAUGCUUCCUUACAGUAUUUUAAAAAUCAAAAUUAGUUAUACCUUUGAAAUAUCUUUUUUAACUAUAUAAAGAAGAGUUCUAAAAUAAUUACAAAUUCAACAUUUCUGGUUUUGUUGGACUUUUUUUUUGUUGUUUUGUCAUAAAGCAAAAGUGGAUUUAUUUUUAAAAAAACAAAGGUAAAUCACAUUUGAGCCCACACUGGACUUUUUCAUAUCUGACUUUAAUUGUCAUAGAAUUCAUUCAUCACAAGUCAUCAUUUAGUGAAAAUCUAGCUGUUGGUCAGGUAAGUGCCAUAUUUGUGAAAUAAUCCACAAAUUCUUAGUAUCAUCACUGCUAGGUACUCAGCUGUUUUGUUGUCAUGGAUGGUUUUGAAUUUACUCUCCAAAUUUUUUUCUCCUUCUUUUUAAAUCAAAUUCCAUUGUGGCUUUUGUUUGCUUCUAGUUAGGAUACUUAGAUUUGAUAAUGAAUCAUACUAGUUCUUCAUAUUAAAGUACUGUAGAUGCAUCUUUCCACUUCUUAAGAAGCAACCAAACAAAAAGUUCCACAAUUAUCAAUUGGUUGCAAUCAGUUUCUAAUCCCAAAAUUUUACAAAAAUAUAAUACACUUCAAGAAUGUCUAGAACAUACCUCUGCUUUAGAGCUGCUGGGUUUUGAGUUUUUAAAUUAAGAAAUCAUCCUAAAUAUCUAGAGACAUGGUUACUUUGGAAAUUGCUUUUAGCACUCUGAGAGUUCCCAUCUGUCAGCUACUUGUUACUUUCUUUGUGCUGUUCUGCUUGCACAGAGGUUUGGGGCAGUCAUUGUACAAGUGCUCCUCCAGUCAAUCCAUCUUGAGACAAUAUCAUCCGUUUUCUUGGACAACUUCAUUGAAAGGUUUGCUGAAUUUACAUUGCCGUUUUUCCCAGCAGGCUCACUUUACACUAGCUAUAAGCUAUUCAGGAGGAAAGUUAGAAGUGGGCAGUAACAUUUUCAAAUGCUCUGGCAUCUGAGAUAGCUAAAUCUUGCAGUGUACAAGGUGUCUACUUACAAAUAGUAAUCCUAGAGUUGUUUUUAGGAUGGGAAGAAAACAAUCUCAUAAAAAGAUUAUCAGGAAGAAAGGCGGGGGAGAGAAUCAAAGAAAAAUAUUACUUAAUGCAGAGCUGGUGCUGUUGCAAGCCCAUGUAGUUUGCUUCUUAAUUUCAAGAAGACCACAGUCAUUUCAAGGUUUCAGUGGCCCACAGCACAGAGAUAAAGCCACUUUUCACAGCUGUUUUCAUUUAAAAAACAAGGGGUUCGGGUCUUGAAAUUUCUCUCCAAGCAACAGCACAACUAGUGUGCUCCAAGAAUGUCACUGGUAUUCUCUUGGCCAUUGUAUCUAACAAAAACACCUGCUAUUUUUUUCUGAAUAAACUUCUUAUUUUAUUUGUUUAAUUGCAAUGAGGAAGUCAGCAAACUGUAGAAAAUACUGGAUCAACCUCUGAAUUGAAGUCAUCUCACAGGUUGCUUGGGUUAUCUGAGAGAGAAAAUAUGCCUGAUGUAAACUCCAAGCCUGUUUGAGGCUUGAGCAAUCUUUUAAUUUAAAAAUGGUGAAGACUUCUGCAAUGCCAAGCCUAACAGUGAAAACAGCCCUUUCUAUGCCUAAAUACAUGAAUGGUAAUGACCCCACAUACCAAGUCAGUAAUGUGCAGGUAGCCCAGCUUGGUGAAAGCAAUAGAUAUGAAAAAUUUUUCUUUGACAAUAUUUAGUAUCAACUGCCUUGAAUGUCUUCUGUUUAUAUGCACAUUUUGGAGUCUUGCACAAGUUUAAAGCAUGAUAUCCAUUUGAUAUGCAAAUAUAUAAUACUGCUUUCAAUCAAGAAUUAAGAGAGUCGUGGAACUAAUUUCUAUCCUUUGUCCAAGUCUGGCUGCUUGCUAGGGUUUCUUAGAUAUAAAUGAAAUUAGAAUUCUGUUCACUGAAUGUGCAUUGAUUAAACUGGCAUGAAGAAUAAUUGCUUUUGGAGUUUGAUUUGCAUGCACAGUAGAGUACCUGCACCAUCGUUCCUUCUUUUUAUCAGAAUGUCACUGCUUAUAUAUUGUAAAAAUGUAUGUUUCUUUUUAUGAACUUGUGUUUGGAAGAAUGUGUUCACUUUUAGUGAUGUCACCUGCAUUUAGAACCUAAUUCACCUGUGUUCUGAUUCACUUGCACUGUUUUGGAAAUGUCAAAUUUACAAAAAUACAACUUUUUGGAAUAAAAAUGACUGCAAAAUUAUCCUAAUAUAUCAUUUUGUCAGUUAUUGUCCUCAUCUAGCUCAAGUAGUUUUCUAUUAACUGGGUGAGGCAUUUUCUCCUGGAUGUUUGAAUUAAAUAGUAUAUUGUAUGUGUUUAUCUGUAUGUGGAUAAUUGACAUACUUUAUUGUAAUUCUAUGACUUAUCAAACUAUUUGGAGACAAAGAGUACAAAUGACU